AUGCAGGUCCGGGGCCUCCUCCUCCUCCUCCUGGCGCUGAUCCUGCUGGCAGCCACGGCCGAGGCUGGCAAGAACAAGAAAGGUGAGGAGCACCCAGGGGACGUCUCCGAGUGCGAGGACUGGCGCUGGGGUCCCUGUGUCCCCAACAGCAAGGACUGUGGCCUGGGCUACAGGGAGGGCACGUGCAAAGAUGAGAGUAAGAAGCUCAAGUGUAAGAUCCCCUGCAACUGGAAGAAGAAGUUUGGAGCCGACUGCAAGUACAAAUUUGAGAGCUGGGGGGGUUGCAGUGCUCAGACAGGUGUCAAGACUCGCUCUGGCAUCCUGAAGAAAGCCCUGUACAAUGCCCAGUGUGAGGAGAUUGUCUAUGUGACCAAGCCCUGCUCUUCCAAGAUCAAGUCAAAGUCCAAAGCAAAGAAAGGCAAAGGGAAGGACUAGAGCUGGAAGGCAGCAUCUUCAUCAGCCCCUCGACGUGGUGCCUGUGGAGCUGGAUGCCCAGCUGCAGCUGGCCUACCCUCCAGUCUUCAUCCUCCUCCUCUCCUUCCU